ACACAAUCACACCCACUGAGAAUGAGAGAGAAUAUCAAUAUAACAUGGCUAAGCUAGAGGUCAUCAUCAUCAUCCCUUCCCCACUCCUCACCUCUCUCUUAGCUUACCUUCUUCCACCCCUUCCCCAUAACAUCCAAACAUCAUCCACACCUGAUUUUCUGUCUAAGUGAUACAAGAAAUUAAACUGUCCCUGCCCUUAGCUUCCCCUAUAUAUCUUGGUCUUCAUAAAUUAAAACACUCUUUCUUGUUGGGUUAUUAACAGAAAAGCCAAGUUUCAGAAAGAAGAAGAAAAAACAAGGUCCGGGUAAACACCAAAGUGAAUAAAGAUUGGGUCUUUUUUGUGCAGAAAAAGGUAAUAUUGAUUCCUGAUUGAUGUUAUCUUAGUUAAUUCCUUUUUGUAUGAAGAAGUCAAGUCUUUCUCGUACGGACGCCUAGUUCCAGACCAAGAAAAGCAGAGAGAAUAAUAAAUAAAUAAUCAAAGGCUAUGUCUUUUUGUAUGGCCGGCCAAGGGGAAGAGAAACCACGGCGGCCGCCGCCGCCGCCGACGAUGGUCACGACAACCGGAUAUUGGUACUCCGAUCCUUCUUCAGGAAACAUGAUGAAUCUUCACAUGCCACAGCAAAGCUGCUAUGAACAGAACAAUCAUCAUCAUCACCAUCAUGAUCAUCAUCAAGAUCAUCAAGAGAUCUGCUAUAAUACAGGGAUGGAGAUGAUGGGGUGGAAGGGGUUCCUGAACAAGGCGGGGGGUUCUUCCAAGACUCCCGGAAUCUCCGCCGGCGGCGACCAGUUCUAUCACAGUCAAGAUUUCAGCACGUGGGUUGACCCGCAGCAGGACGCCGAAACGUCGUCGUCUCUGAGGUGCGUGUUCCCAUGUGAAGGGAACGAGAGACCCAGUCAAGGGCUCUCACUCUCCCUCAGCUCCUCAAACCCUUCCGCGAUUGGGUUACAGUCCUUCGAACUAAGGGCAACCCCAAAUCCUGUGGGGCUGGGGGCAGAGUUCCUGGGGAAGCCCGCGGGGAAUCUGAGCCGUCCAUCAAUCCCAUCGUCGUCAGGGGAGGGUAGUGGGUAUUUUCUGCAGAUCAGAAACUCGAAGUAUCUGGGCGCUGCUCAGGAGCUCUUAAAUGAGUUCUGCAGCCUUGGGACUUCGGAAAGCAGCAACCUUAAUCAUCAUUUAAGGAUGAAGAAGAAAACCAACCACCACCGCCAAUGGGAGGACGACGGCUGUACGACCACCGCCCACGAUUCUUGCGCUGCUCAUCGUACUUCCGAAAGAAACCCUUCUUUUGACUCCGUUGACCUUCUUGAAUUGCACAAAACCAAAGCUAAGCUUCUUCAAAUGCUCCAAGAGGUUGAUAGACGAUACCAGCAGUAUUGCGAUGAAAUGAAGGCCGUCGUGUCGUCGUUGGAGGCGGUGGCCGGCGACGGGGCCGCAAAAGGGUACACCGCCUUAGCGGCCAAGGCGAUGUCGAGACACUUUAGAUGUCUCAGAGAUGGAAUUAUGGCCCAGUUGAAGGCGAUCAAGAAAGCCACGGUCGAAAAGGACUCCACCGCCGCAGCUGCGGCGGCCGCCGGCACGACCAAGGGAGAGACGCCGAGGUUGAAAAUCCUGGAUCAAGCACUCCGGCAGCAAAGGUCCUUUCAGCAGAUGAGCAUGAUGGAGGCUCAUCCAUGGCGGCCCCAACGUGGCUUGCCGGAAAGAUCUGUUUCCGUUCUCCGAGCCUGGCUUUUCGAGCACUUCCUUCAUCCGUACCCAAGUGAUGUGGAUAAACAUAUUUUAGCCCGCCAAACAGGUCUCUCCAGAAGCCAGGUUUCUAAUUGGUUCAUCAAUGCAAGGGUGAGGCUAUGGAAACCCAUGGUUGAGGAGAUGUAUCUAGAAGAAACCAAAGAAGAAGAGAAUCUUGCUCCCGCCAACUCAUCGGAUGACUACAUCGGAGAUUCCGACGGCCGCCUGCUUCAUCCUCAUCACAACCCUAACGCGGCGGCCGACGCGGAGGAUCACAAACCCAACCUCGUACGUAUAGAUAUUUCCUCCGUCGUCAAUAACAACCCUAAUGACGUCACCUUCAAUAAUGACAACAACAAGGCUGACGGUCAACGACGACCAAACGGCCAGGAUCAUCACCAGAUCUUUGGAACCAGGGGUGGGGACCACCGCUCUUUUUUCGGCCCGGGCUUGGUUGAGGACUUCUCAUCGUCAUCCUACGCCGCCACCCAGGACUCCGGCGGCGCUUAUAACUAUGCGGUGGCCGGUGGCGGCGGAGGCGUGUCGUUGACUUUGGGGCUGCAACAGCAGGGUGGGGGCGGGAUGAGUUUGGACGCGCCUUCGUCAUCACUCUUCUACCCUAGAGACCAAAUGGAGGAGUGCCAAACAGGCCCUUAUCCGCUUUUGGACAACGAAGGCCAGAAUUUGCCAUACAGGAACUUGAUUGGUGCACAGCUGCUUCGCGAUUUGGCGGGUUAAAUUAAUUAGAUAUGGAGAGUCAGAUGAAACAAAAUUUAUUAAUUACUUGUGUUAGCCAGUCAUCUUUAAUUUUGUAAGAUAAGGAAAAAUGUUUAAAAAGUUGAUUAUUUGUAUUGAACUUUUGUGUCAGCCAGUCAUCUUUAAUUUUUUGUUAUAUACUCGUAUAAGCAUAAGCGUGUAGUUACAGCUUCUUCAUUAUUUAUCAUUUAUACUACUCCCUCCAAUCCAGAAACAAAUUCUCACAUUCCUUAUUUGGAUGU